AUGACUUCCCCAACUAAACCCCGUCUCAGUGUCAUCACAUCCUUCAGCUCCAAUCGCGACUCAGUCAAGACCCGCAAUGUCUCUAACCCCUUCAGCCUUGCAAUACCCGGCCGUUACAGCCAGAGAUCAUCGCGUCCAAUCUCGAUACCACUGAGUAUCAGACCAGCCAGCUCCAUCUAUUCCCAAGAUCAAGACGAAGCGAAAGACAAGCUCACACCGCUAAAGCCAGCUGUCAUCGUUGCUGAGCGGCCGAUUCGGCCACAUCCUCCGAACCGACAGUCGAAAGCACUGGCAGCGUACUGCAAGCAUCGCAAUCCGUACUCGUCAGAGAAGAGGAGGUUCCAUGUUACUUACUGGAAGAUCGACGAUCGAGUGCUGGCCCUUGCGAUCACGCUGACGCUGGCGCUUUUGACCAUGAUUGGGGUGCCUCUUGUUGCUGUGUUGGCACAGAAGCUCAUCGUGCAGUUGCCGGUUAAUGUACUUGUGCCUUCGUACGCAUUUCCCGAUGCCGGGUCGUGGAGCCGGUUGUACGAUGCCAUCGCACGGCACCAAGACACCAAGUUUACAAUAAUAAUCAAUCCGGACAACGGCCCGGGGAAUGCGACUCGACCGAGCCCCGAGUAUGUUGACGUUCUCAAUACCUUGGAGGUUUUCCCUCAUGUGCAAACACUCGGAUACAUUCGCACAGCUGGCGGGACUCGCGAUAAUGCAACCAUCCGCGCCGAGAUAGCGACAUACAGUGGCUGGUCAAAUUUUCAGGAUCUCAAGCUGAACGGCAUCUUCUUCGACCAAACACCAUCCAAAGACGAAGGAAGUGCUCGCGAGUAUCUCCGAAACAUUAGUGCUACAGUACGGCAUUCUGAAGGAUUCCUAGAACCGAGACUAGUGGUGCAUAACCCUGGUUGUGCACCAGAUGCAGGGUUGGUGCGGUAUAGAGUCGACGUGGUUGUUGUAUUUGAGGGCUUGUACUCUGAUCUACCGAGUCGUGAACAGUUGAAGAAUCAAUCCAAAGACCUGGAACAGCACAACAUGCACAGGGAGAACUUUGGGAUGCUGAUACAUUCGACGCCUUCAAACAUUGGCAACAUAGGAUUGAGGAAAGUCAUAGAUAGCCUGCGACGAGACACUCAGUGGCUGUACAUUACGGAUUUGAUUGAGGACGUGUAUGACGGGUAUGGCUCGCUGUGGGAACAGUGGCUUAGUCUGACCUGGUAA